AUGGGGGAAGUUUUCGGCUCGAUUGUGGGAACUGGCGUGGGAUUCUUCAGCAAGUUUGACGAUGAAAUGACGGUUCGAGAAUACCUCACUGAUUUCAUAGUAAGGAAUCGUCAUUGGCCCAAUUGUACUGCCGAUGACCUGACCCUUUUCCUGGCGAAGUGGAACGGCAAGUGGCUGCACCACCAAGACCUCGACUACCUCGAAAUGCGGAAGUGCGACAUCCCGGACGGAAUCAAGGAGACGAUGAAUGACGCCAACAGAAUGAGCCCAGAGCGACGUUUGAAGGACUUUGACUUCCCGGGGCCGGAUGAAUGCGGCGGCAUUGGAGCGCUUGUCCUCUUGCAGGUGCCAGACCAUAUCGUGCGCCAGUACCGCUUGAACAUGAUUGAGUCGAGGUGCUACCUAUACGGUAAGACCAGCAACUUUGCAUACUUUUUAAUGUUGUUUGGCGCUGUACUGACGGAGCGUGAUGUCCUAACAGCACUGGCGGACCUUACACUUUGGCAGCGGCUCUGUCACUGGGCUUGGAUUCGGAAAACCAAGAAACGACUUGGGUUGUAG